AUGGCCUCCAACAUGAAUUUCGAACCCCCAUCCUCCAUCCCACCGCGGACCAGCUCUGCAAACGCUACAAAUGGCCCGACAAGCCCAUCGGGCAAGUCGAAGCACCGCCGCAACAAGUCCAGCGUGGAUGGCACCAAAUACAAGCAUGGCACCUGGUCCCCGAAAAACGAGGAGAUCCUCAUGGGUCCCUACGACUACCUCCAAGCUCACCCAGGCAAGGACGUUCGCCGCGCCAUGAUCGAAGCUUUUAACUCCUGGCUCCAGGUCCCACCAGCCAGCCUAGCGAUCAUCACCCGCGUCGUAGCCAUGUUACACACGGCCUCACUGCUGUUAGUUCGACCCCGGGACCCGGAAACCCAAAUCGCACUGGCAACUUACCUCAAGCAUCUGACUGACAUGUACUACCCCAGGAUCGACGACGUCGAAGACAACUCAGUCCUCCGCCGCGGCAUCCCCGUUGCACACAACAUCUUCGGCACAGCGCAGACCAUCAACAGCGCAAACUACGUCUACUUCCUCGCGCUGCAAGAGGUCCAAAAACUCAAUAACCCCGCCGCGAUCAACAUCUUCGUGAACGAGCUCUUGAAUCUUCACCGCGGUCAGGGGAUGGACCUCUUCUGGCGUGAUACGCUGAAUUGCCCGACGGAGGACGAGUACCUUGAGAUGGUGGGCAACAAGACGGGCGGACUGUUCCGACUUGCGGUGAAGUUGAUGCAAGCGGAGAGCGCGACGGGUAAGGACUGUGUCAGCCUCGUGAAUGUCUUAGGCCUUAUCUUUCAGAUCUGUGAUGACUAUUUGAAUCUCCGCAACACAACGUACACGCAAAAUAAGGGCAUGUGCGAAGAUCUGACGGAGGGCAAAUUCUCGUUCCCAAUUAUCCACAGUAUUCGUUCGAAUCCGGGGAGUCACCAGCUUAUUAGUAUUUUGAAGCAGAAGACCACUGACGAAGAGGUUAAGCGAUAUGCUGUUCAGUACAUGGAGAGUACGGGCAGUUUUGAUCAUUGUCGCAAUGUUGUUAAGGGAUAUCGGGAACAGGCGUUGCUGUUGAUUGAUGAAAUUGAUGCUACCCCGAAUACCAAUGGGGCUGGUGAUGGAAGUCUGGUGCGGGCGGUUCUGAAUAAGAUUGUGAAUUCUACUCUGGAGAGCACAUGA